AUGAACACUCUCAAAGUUUUUUUCGUUUUUUAUGUGUUAUAUAUUACUACAUUUUUUUUUAACCCUUGCUUUUGUGAGGAUGCAGAUUAUUAUUCAGAAAUAGAUGAUGGGGCAUUAGAUAGCAUUGAUACUGCUAUAAAAAAAAAAAAGAAGAGGAAAUCAGUUGCAAUUGCUUUGUUAUCAUCAGGAUUAGUGGCAAGUGUUAUUGGGGUACUUUAUUAUAUGUAUAAAUCUCAUAAUAAAGGAAGACAUGAUUGGAAUAAAGGUUUUAAUUUUUUCCCCUUUAAUAAACAAACAGAAUAUAAACAACCUGAUGGUGAAAAACCAAGCACUAGUACAAAAUAUGAAGAACCAUUAGGAGUAAAUAAAGUAAAUAUAAAAGGAAAAUUAAAAGAAAACAAUAAUGAUAUUGAUGUUCCUUUGAAAAGGUUUAAUACAUUUAUGGAUAAUGUGAAACUAGCUGCUAAACACCAUUUCAGCAAUUUAUCAAAUGAACAACAGAAAUAUUUAAUCAAGGAUUAUGAUUACUUAAGGAAAAUUGUCCAGACUUUAGAUGAAAAUAAGGAUGUUAAUAUUUCAAGAGCCCAAGAAGAUAUCGCAGUUUUAGGCGUGGAGCAUUUUCUUAAAGAACAAUAUCAACCAAAAUGA